UGGGCGGCGGCGGCGGUGGCUGAUAGGGUGGUUGGAGGAGCGAGGCGAUCCCGUCCACCUCGCCGCGCCAUCCCUCGCUGCCGCCAAGCAGAUCCAUGCGCGGGCGCUCCGGGCCGGUGUGCCCACCUCCCACCCGCUCCUCGCCAAGCACCUCCUCUUCCACCUCGCCGUCCUCCGCGCGCCGCCGCUCCGCUACGCCGUGGCGGUACUCUCCCGCCUCCUCCCGCACGGGCCACUAGACCCGUUCCCCCUCAACACCGUGCACCGCAUCGCUGCGGGCUCGUUCCGCCCGUGCGUCGCGCUCGAGCUCCACCGCCGCCGCCUCGCGCCGCCCGACACGCACACCUACCCGUCGCUGCUCCAGGCUUGCUCGCGCCUCCUCGCGCUCCGCGAAGGGGAGUGCCUCCAUACCGAGGCCGCCAAGAACGGGUUCGUCCAAAACUCGCCCGUUCAUCUCUACGGCGCGUGUGGCCUGUUCGAGAGCGUGCACAAGGUGUUCGAUGAAAUGCCGGUGCAUGGGCAGAACCUCGUCUCGUGGAAUUCGAUGCUCAACAGCUUUGCGGCCAACGGGCGCCCUAACGAGGUUCUCACUGUCUUCCGGGAGAUGCUGGGCGUCAACUUUGCGCCAGAUGGAGUCACCAUAGUCAGUGUUCUAACCGCUUGUGCAGAGAUUGGGGCGCUUGCUCUUGGGAGGAGGGUUCAUGUGUAUGCGGAAAAGGUUGUGUUGGUGGACAAUUCGCAUGUGAGCAAUGCCCUGAUUAAUCUGUAUGCCAAGUGUGGUAUUGUCAACGAUGCAAGGCUGAUAUGACUUCAUAUGAUUGUGUAAAAUGUUGUUGAAAUUUUGUCAAAAUUUUUGCUCAAUUUCUGUCAAAAUGCUGCCGAAAUUUUGUCAAAA